UUUUGAAAGAGCAGGGAUGGGUGCAACUCCUCUCUCUGCAACCAAUCAGUGGCAGGGUCUGGGGUCACCACUAUAUCAGCUCUGCGGUCAGAUAUCACUCUUUUUUUUUGGACAAAGAGCCGCAAUAAGUACUUGGAGAUUUUGAAGCAACUUUUGAAGAAUUUUGAAACUGAAUUUCGAAGCGUCGCUCGCAGUCAUGGCACCAAUUCUUCUUAACUGUACGGGCGGCGAGCACCAGGAGUACAUCAAGCAACAUGUCCAAGUGAAAAAUCCCUAUUUGGACACCAUGGAGGAGGACAUUCUCUACCACUUCAGUUUGAGCACCAAGACUCACAACCUCCCUGAAAUGUUUGGAGAUAUUAAGUUUGUGUGCGUUGGUGGCAGUGCGAAUCGAAUGAAGUCUUUCGCCCAGUUCAUCCACCAGGAGCUUAAUCUGCCCGGAAACCCAGAAGAGCUCAGAGAUAUCUGCGAGGGAACUGAUCGCUACUGCAUGUACAAAGUGGGACCGGUCCUCUCCAUAAGCCAUGGCAUGGGUGUCCCCUCCAUCUCCAUUAUGCUGCAUGAGCUCAUCAAACUGCUGCACCAUGCCCAGUGCCGUGACGUGGUCUUGUUUCGCCUGGGAACAUCUGGUGGAGUCGGUCUGGCUCCAGGGACGGUGGUGAUCACAGAAAAAGCAGUGGACUACUCUUUCCGCCCCCAGUUCGAGCAGGUGGUUCUGGGUAAAGUCAUCACCAGGAGCACCGAGCUGGACGAGGGAGUGGCCAGCGAGCUUCUGCAGUGCUCCUCGGAGCUGCAGAACAUCCCGACAGUGAUCGGAAACACCAUGUGCACCCACGACUUCUACGAAGGUCAGGGCCGACUUGACGGCGCUCUCUGCUCCUUCUCCCACGAGGAAAAACUGGAGUAUCUGAGGAAAGCUUAUGAUGCCGGAGUGAGGAAUAUUGAAAUGGAGUCCACCGUUUUUGCUGCUAUGUGCCGCGUCUGUGGCCUCAAAGCGGCUGUGGUCUGUGUCGCAUUGCUGAACCGUUUCGAGGGAGACCAGAUCACUUCCCCUCAUGAUGUUCUGGUGGAGUACCAGCAGAGACCUCAAGUCCUGGUUUCCCACUUUAUCAAGAAACGUCUCGGACUUGCUGCCUGAAACCUCCCGCACUCUAAAAGACUGUAUAUAGCUUCAACUGAUAUGUGGAUAUGUAUAUAUAUAUAAAAAUGUACUUAACGUGUUGAUAUGUGAAUUACACACUUGUGUAAAAGUUCAGCUUUUUAUGAUUUAUCUGAUGAAGCUAAAAUAUGAAGCCUGUUGCAUUUAUAUAUGUAAGUAUGUAUUUUAUCUUAUAAUAUUUAAUGCUUUGAUAUCUGUGUGAGAGAACAUAAACCUUUGAAAUAAUGUGUUCCGUAUGUUGAUUUCUAUGUUUGUGUCUAUUAAGGAUGCAAGUUACAGACAAUAAUCAGUUUAACUAUAACUGCAGAUAUAAAGAUUAAAUCCUGAGGGGAUGUUUGGAGGAUCAGGAAACCCACUUAACAUUUGUAUUUUUGGGGAAAAAAAAAAAAGCAGUGGAGGAGAUUUGCAAUCUGUCAGUUGCCUCCAGUUUUUAAAGGUUUUUCUUCUUACGUGCUUUAAAGCCAUUUUUGUUCCUUAGUGAUUUUAAAUGACACAAGAGGAUGAAGUAGAGCCGCCAGCAAGGAAUCUGCACAUUAAAUGUGUUAAUAAAUACUUAGACACCCAUUACAUCAUUAUAUUCAGAAGCUUCGACUAUAUAUUUGUCUUUAUGCAAAUGCAAAUGUCACAACAUAUGCUGUUGACAAAUAACUGCUGAUUGAUGUCAUUUUACGUUGGAUGUAAAUGUUUGCCAUCACUCAGAAACACUGUGUGAUACUGCAUUGCUCAUGUGGUCCUACAGAGUAUAAAA